UAUAGUAAGGAAAAGAAGAAAGAAAUUGGAAAUUGGAAAUGGAUAGGGAAAGGGAAAGCACGAGAGUGGGAAUCGCACCGGCCCAAAUCCCGACGAGCUUCGGCCACGAGCUCAGGGCUUGCCUCCGCUGUCGCCUCGUCAAAACCUACGAUCAGUUCAGAGAAUCGGGAUGUGAGAAUUGCUCUUUCUUCAAGAUGGACGAAGAUAACGAGCGCGUCGCCGAUUGUACCACUCCCAACUUCAAUGGUAUAAUCUCAGUGAUGGAUCCAGCUAGAAGUUGGGCUGCUCGCUGGUUGCGAAUCGGAAAAUUUGUUCCUGGUUGUUACACUCUUGCAGUCUCAGAGGCUCUCCCAGAGGAUAUGCAGAACUUAUGCGAAGAUGAGAGAGUGCAAUAUGUGCCACCAAAACGAGUGUGAAAGAUGGUUGAAUGUUGCAGCACUUGUCAUGUUUGAACAUAGUGAGUUGUGGUAAAAAUAUUUUCUGGGAGAGCUGUUGUACGCGGAAAGUGAUUGUCCAGUUGAAACAUUGCCUAAAGCGUUACAUUGCAAUCCAAAACCUUGUAAUUUAAUCAGAUUAUCAUCGAUUCUAUUUUGAUUUAUAUAUAAAGAUAGUUAAGUGGUAGAGAUGUGGACUAAUUGUGUCUAUCAACUGUAAGAACAAAGAAUGCAUGGAAUACGCAUUAGUAGAGCACAAGUUUGGGUAUUAGAGUUUAUCUUUAGGCUUGUGAAUACAUAGACGGAAACGCUAUUUU